CCAGUUAAAUCGUUUGUGCACAACAAAAUUUUAAGAGAUUCAAGUUAAUUUUUGUAUUUAUUUAAAGUUUUCUGCUCUGCAAAAGUGAAGUGAAGUGGUAGUGUCAAUAAGUAGAAUAAAGCAUCAUUCAACGCGAUCUUUUUUAGUCAGAGUUUUACGCCUUUCAAGACAACAUGAAGGCAAUCUUAGUAUUAUUGGCAAUCAUCGCCGUUCAACUGGUAUCAGCACAAAAGCAGUACACAAAUAAAUUUGAUAACGUGGACGUGGACGGAGUUUUGUCAAAUAAUCGUAUUCUAACCAACUACAUAAAAUGCCUUAUGGAUAAAGGACCCUGCACUCCUGAGGGGCGUGAACUAAAAAAACUGUUACCUGAUGCCCUGCAAAGUGAGUGCUCGAAAUGCACCGAAACUCAAAGGAAAAAUUCUCAAAAAGUUAUUAACUUUCUUCGAGCAAAUCGACCCGGAGAAUGGAAAUUACUACUGGACAAAUAUGAUUCGAAAGGAGUUUAUAGAUCUAAAUAUGAAAAACAAGGUUAAACUUCAUUUUCAUGAUUUUUCAGCUGGUUUAAGUUUAAAUAAUAAUUUUUAAAUAUAAAUACAUAUAUGUUUAUGUUCAACGAAAAAUUAAAAUUGAAAAUAAUAUCAGCAAAUAAAUAGUA